AUGCAGAAAUCUCAAUACUGGCUGCUUCCAGCAUCGUAUCACCAUGAUAAGCAUAAUUAUGUAGUCCUACCCACCGUCAAAGAAAUUGCAAAGGGGAUCUUGCAAUCCUAUGUCGAUGAGCCAGCAUCCAAUUCGUCGAGUGCACUGAUGACGUUCAGCGACUUUCGCGCUCGUUAUGGCACGGAUGGUGAACGGACACUGACGGAUGAUGAUAUCUGGUUAUUGCUGCAGUACAUGAGCUCAGAACUGGGCGUGGCUGUCGCGGAUGAUGUGCAAGGUUACGGUAAAUCCCAUGUGGCCAUCAAAUUCCCAUAUAAAGCACAAAUAGGCACGCCAUCAGCGGUUAUCGAUCAGCAAGACCGCGCUAUCAUUAGUAUCAGAACAACAUGUGAUGCAUUACAUUCGCAAGUCGAGGAACUGCAACAGAAAGCAGAAGAAUACACUGCGUCAGCCAAAGUACACUAUGCCGAAGGUCGCAAGUCUCAGGCCAUGUACGCUUUUAAAAAAAAGAAACAUUUGUUGGAAAUACUCGAUCGUCGGUUACGGUCGGUGGAGACGAUGGAAACGUUGCUUAUGAAGAUUGAAGCUUCUCAAAAUGACCUGCAGAUCGUUCGAGCAUUUAAUAUUGGCGCCGAUGCACUACGGAAUAUGGUGUCGGACCAAGACUUAUCAGUCGAAGCUGUGGAUGAAGCGCUGUUCAAUGUUCAACAAGCGUUCCAAGACCACAAGGAAGUAGAAGAAGCCAUUAUGGGCGGCGUGGAUCAAGCGAGUCGUGUACAUAUCGCGGAUGAUGAAGAAGAAUUGGAAAAGGAGUUGGCCGAGUUAGAGCAGCAGGAAAGGCGACAACAGGAACAAGUAGAGCAGCAACGAAAAGAACGAGAAAUGCAACAACAAGAACAAGAACAGCAACGCCGUGAUGUACUUGAUAUAUCAAGUUCUCCACCACCACGGCAGCUUACACAUUCCGCACCACCACCAUCACCCUCAGAUUCCGAGUUGGCGAGAAUCCAUUAUUUGUUUGGCAAACUCAAAAAGGCACAACCACCACCGUCAAAGUUACCAUCAGCAGCAGCAGCAGUUCCGACAACAACGCGGGACCGUCGUCAGCAGCAGGAACAUCAGCAUCAGCAGGAGCGGGAACCAGAACCGGAACCGGCGAUCUAA